AUGCAGCCUCCUUUCGACAGCCAUAAUAUUCAGGAGCUCUUACUGCAAGGACUACAGCAGCAGGCACACCUCCAGUACCAACCUUCAACCCAACAGCCCACUCAAGUGCAGAAUCAAAUAGACGAGCGGCAACCGGAGCUGCUUGAGGGCAGCAACACCCUUCGCAAGGGUUCAACGGGUUGCGUGUGGAGAUCGAAUUCGGAUGCUUCCGUCGAUGGGUAUUCAAAGACGUCGCCUUGGGCCCAAGGCCCUGUGUUGCAGCCUGCAGAAGCCGCCGGGGCUUCCCAAGGGAGUCAUGUUUUAAAAGCUGGUAGUAGAGGUGCCAAUGACAGGAAAUCAGCUCUAACGAGCGCAGGGGAGCCUCUAAAAGUGACUGUCCUUGGCGCAGGCCAAGAUGUUGGCCGCAGUGCAGUCUACGUACGGCGAGGCGAGAGGGGGCUUCUUUUCGACUGCGGCAGUCAUCUAGGCGCCAAGCAGGCCAGGAAGAUGCCAGUCUUGAAUAUGCUGCUGCAGCUAGCCCCCCAACGAAGUGGAAGACAGGACGCACAGACAAUGGAAGAAGCACUCCUACAGCCUUCGCCUCUGUUUGCCUGCUGUACAGACGCUGCGCUAAUCUCGCACUUUCACAUGGACCACUGCGGCUCUUUACCUUCAUUUACGGAACGCCUUGGCUACCGUAAUCCCAUAGCAAUGACGUUCCCGACGCGUGCGCUGAGCCCGGUGCUGCUUCUGGAUAGUGCUCGCAUAUUCAAGGAGGCAUCUUUCCGCGGGCGCCUAUACGAAGCGGAAAGCAGUGGGAGGGAUACUGGCGUGAGCGGAGGCUCCAGCAGUGAUGGUAGAGUGGGGGGAGGUGCGGGGCCGUCUCACGAGCAGUGGAAUUACACAGAAGCUGAGGCGCAGAGGUGCAUGAGACGCUGCAUGGCCUUGAGGCUUCACGAAUCGUGGAAAGCAGGCGGGUGGACAGCCACCCCAUACUACGCCGGACAUGUCUUGGGUGCUGCAAUGCUACAUGCCCAGCUUCCUGGUGGCCUUUCAGUAGUCUAUACAGGCGAUUUCAACACGUCGCCUGACAGGCAUCUGGGUAGCGCAUGCAUUCCAAGGCUCAGACCAGAUCUGCUGAUAAGCGAAUGCACAUACGGAUCAUUCGUUCGGCCUUCCAAGAGGAUAACAGAGAGAGAAUUCUGUGAUGCCGUACACGACGCCCUCAAGAAAGGGGGGAAAGUACUGAUCCCCGUUUUUGCAGUAGGAAGGGCUCAAGAACUGUGCAUGCUGUUGAAUUCGUACUGGCAACGCAUGCAGCUGCAGUACCCGAUCUACUUUGGCGGCGGGAUGACAGAGAAGGCCAACAAGUACUACAAACUGUAUGUGCAGUGGACUGGCAGUGACAUGGUGCAUCGUUUAGACGGUGCAAAUGCUCAACCGAGCACUUUUGCCGACCAUGUGGAAGAGGACGAGCCUAUAGGCUGCGGUACGUUCUUGCGUUCCAUUAGUAGCGUGCAAAUGUAUGGUCAUUGUGGUCUGUGUAUUAGUACUCGUGUGCCUGGCGUCGAGAUCUGCACAGCCUGCCUCGUGGGUAAUGAUGCGCCUGCAGCAGUUGGAUUUGGAGAAUUCGAUUUUCAACAUAUUUCCACAUUGCCCCCGGAGGUGCUCACGUCGCCCACACCUAUGGUGCUUUUGGCAACCCCUGGGAUGUUACAUGGCGGCUUGGCCUUUAAAGCGCUAAAGCUGUGGGCUGGAGGCCCAGAGAAUCUGGUGUUGCUUCCAGGUUACUGCGUUCGGGGAACUGUGGGUGCGAUGCUUAUUGACGGCCAGCGCGACAUCCCACUGGAUCCAAAGACGAGGCUGAAGGUCUUGUGUAAAGUCAGGUACAUGUCCUUCUCAGCGCAUGCGGAUACCACGGGGAUCCAGCAGCUUGCUCGGCAUCUUCAACCGAAAGCUGUAAUGUUGGUUCAUGGGGAGAAGGAAGGCAUGCUCAAGCUGGCUCGCGUCCUGCAGCGCGAGCUGGGUAUUCCAGUUUACACACCUCCCACUGGCCAGACUGUUUCAAUCCCUCUAGAAAAGGUUGAAGCUCGGCUGACUGCGCUGCUUGAAUCUCCCGCUAUUCGGCGCUGCUUACCCCAGUCGACAGCUGACACCUUGUCUCCCCCAUACCUACGGGUCUCGCCGUACUUUUCUCCCCCGUCCUCUCUUUUCUUUUCCAUGUCGAUCGCGGCUGGAACAAGCGUGCCAGAUAGUCCUGGAGAGGGACGAGAGCCUGCUGACGACAUAUAUCUGCUGGUGGACAUGGACAACCUUGUUCGUGGGGCCACUGGUGUUACAAUCAACGGCUGCGGAAGUAUCAAACAUAACGCUAACGCAAGACAAGCGCCAACGGUUGAAGACAUCCCAGGGCUCUCCAGCCAUGGAGGGAGCCAGCACGUGGGCGACGUUGUAGGUGUUGAACAGAAGAAGGGGAACAAAACUCCGUUGCCACAGCCGACAGGGACUGCUGUGGAGGGGGGCAACCUGCCGCGUUGUCUGCAGCUGGUCGCACUUCGCUACCAGCACGAAGUUCAACUGGAGGCGCCUGCAUUCCAGCAACUACUACAUUUGUUCUUAGAUUACGUUGUUCAGUGCAGACAGGCAUAUGAGCAACAACGCUUGCAGUAUGGGUUGGUGGAGAGCAAGGAUCAACCCUCUACUCUUGGAACACCUGAAUUUUGCGACUUUGGGGACCACCUGGGUCUGCAGGAACUCGAAGGCGGAGGAAUUCUCAUAGAGUUUCUGUCCCUGAUUGCGGUCCACGAUGGUCGCAAUCGUCUUUCCAUGCAGUGGUCAGAUGAGGAUGAGCGGCGACAUGGGGCUGUGUCGGUGUUCGUAGAGUACUUUUCAAACUUAGAAGGCAUAAGCGCCGGUACCAAUGCAGUCGCACAGCCGUCACUGGCCUUUUGA